GGGGGGGACGAGUCGGUGAACGGGAACCGGGAUUCCGCUCCCGGGGCUACACCGCGGGCGGGAACGGCAUGGAGAGGAAUCUAAUGUGUAUAAAAGAGAUUUAUAUUGAGGGAAAUCGGUAAGCGUCGAGGGAGAAGCUGCGGUUUGGGGAGAUGAUGCGUCCAGAGCUCCCCUAGGCAGGAGCCAUCGUUUCCCCCCUCCCCCAGCCAUGAACUGCCGGGCAGAGGUGCUGGAGGUGUCUGUGGAGGCUCGUCAGGUGGAGGAGGCGAUGCUGGCCGUGCUCCACACCGUCCUGCUCCACCGCAGCACCGGGAAGUUCCACUACAAGAAGGAAGGGACCUAUUCCAUCGGCACCGUGGGAACACAGGACGUCGACUGCGACUUCAUCGACUUCGCUUACGUCCGAGUCUCCUCCGAGGAGCUGGACAGGGCCCUGCGUAAGGCUGUGGGGGAGUUCAAGGAUGCUCUGCGGGGCUCUGGCAGUGAUGGGAUGGGCCAAAUCUCCCUGGAAUUCUACCAGAAGAAGAAAUCCCGUUGGCCUUUCUCUGACGAGUGCAUCCCCUGGGAGCUUUGGACCAUCAAGGUGAACGUGGUGAACCUGGCCAACGAGCAGGAGAGGCAAAUCUGCCGGGAGAAGGUGGGGGAGAAGCUGUGUGAGAAAAUCAUCAACAUCGUGGAGGUGAUGAAUCGCCACGAGUACCUCCCCAAAAUGCCCACCCAGUCCGAGGUGGACAAUGUCUUUGACACCAGCCUGAAGGAUGUCCAGCCCUACCUCUACAAGAUUUCCUACCAGAUCACAGACUCCCUGGGCACCUCGGUCACCACCACCAUGAGGAGGCUCAUCAAGGACACGCUGGCUCUCUGAGGGACCCCAGAGUGGGGGUGGCACAGACCCCCUCUGCUUGGACCCCACCUUCCAAAAACAGCCUCAGCGAGGGACCUGGGCUGGGCCUGGACGUUUAAUUGGGGGUUGGUGUCACCCUGGGGGAUGCUCCCAUCCUGAGGAACUGGUUUGGUGGCUCCCAGUUUGGCUCAGGAGCUGGUGGUUGGUGUGGGGAUGAUGUCCUGGCUGGAUCGGGGCCAUUUUCCAGCUGACUCAGUGCUGGCUUUGUCCCUUGUCACCCCCCUGGCCCCAGGGCUCAGCUCCCACCUUCCUCUGGGAUUAAAAAUAAACAUUUUUCUCCUUUC